CUCCAAAUUAGUUAGGGCCAGAUGCGGGUAGAGGAGGUCCGCGGUGCCGAGAGUUUACUUGAGCUGGCGGGGUAGGGCUCCGGAGACUCUUUGGCACUCGUCCUCGAGUGCGUCGUCGGUGCUGCUGCAGGGCUGCGAUUCCAUGAGCGCAGGUCCAUAAUCGCGAGCGAUGAGACUCGAGAAGUGCUGGUUUUGCUCGUCCACCAUCUACCCUGGGCACGGCAUUCAGUUCGUGCGCAACGACGCCAAGGUCUUCAAGUUCUGUAGGUCAAAAUGUCACAAGAAUUUCAAAAUGAAGCGCAACCCCCGGAAAGUGAAGUGGACUAAAGCUUACCGAAAGCUUCAUGGCAAGGAGUUGACGCAGGACACGACGUUUGAGCUGGAGCGGAGGAGAAACAGGCCUGAGAGGUAUGACAGGGUGGUGGUGGAGAACACCAUCAAGGCAAUGAAGAAGAUCGAGGAGGUCCGCAUUAAGCGAGAAUCGAAGUUCUGGGAGAGCAGAAUGAAGGGCAACAAGAGUAAGGAGAGAAGGGAGGGAUUGGCGGAGCUGGAGCAAAGCAUUCACAUGGUGAAGGCUCCUCUUGCUCUGCAAGCUGACCCCAGCCUCACCUUACCCAAAGUACAGGCGAAGAUCAAGGUUAAAGUGUCAACGGAGAAGCAGUCUACACAAGCUAUGCAAGAGUAGCAUGAUUACAGUAUAUAGUUUAUGUGGUUUCACAAGUUUUCCCGUCUGCUGAAAGUGCGACAAAAUCAAGUGGUUGGAGCCCGUGCCUGUCUUUCAAUCCGGAAGGCUGAGUUCCUUCGACUUCAGGCGGAAUCGGAGGAUCUAAAAAUGCACGGGGUUGAGAGUGCUGAUGUCAGUUCUUACAUUGUGUGUAUCUUCAGUUGCACUCUGACCCAUCCACUCGUCCACGAGUUGGCCCAUACCAGUACUUGUUCGCGUUUGCUCUCCGAUUCAUGAGGUUUUCAUGGAUGUAAGGCAGAUGUAAGAUUUCAGUUAGCGAUAUUGAUCUCAUUUAGCGACUUUUUGACUUGUCAGAUUAGUCUGGCCUUAUUCACGUCCAAAGUGUCUUGUAAGGUCGGAAAAGUUCGAAAUUCAGGUUUUGUUCUGAUCACCCGGUUACCCGAUUUCCCAAUUUCGUUUUGAUCUCGAAUAUUUUCGUCACAAGCCGA